GUGGAGGUCGGCGUUUGAAUGGACUUGUUCAUUUGACUCGGAAGAGGGCGCUCAUACAAUCGUCCCAAAAAAGUGUUCAGAUUUUGAGAAGAACGCAUUAGAAAUCGUUGGAGUGAGAUCGCCAUGGUAAUUGUUGGUACUCUCAAUUCGGAUCAGCUUCGGUUCUUUGAAUCUCAGGGUUAUCUUGUGAUUGAAUCAUUCGCGAGUUCUGAUGAAAUUGAUGCCAUGAGGAAGAGAAUGGAACAGUUGCUUGAUGGGUUUGACUGCUCCACUUCCUCUGUUUUCUCUACUGUAAAUCAGCGGCAGGUGACUGACGAUUACUUCUUCGAAAGCGCCGAGAAUGUUUCCUUCUUUUUUGAGGAAAAAGCGUUUCGAGAGGAUGGAAACUUAAAACAAGCGAAGGAACUCUCAAUUAAUAAAGUUGGUCAUGCAUUACAUGAGAUUGACCCAGUUUUCAAAAGCUUCUCCUACUCUGAGAAUGUUUCAGGUUUAUUGUUGUCCUUGGGGUACAAGAGGCCAAUAGCCAUUCAGUCUAUGUACAUAUUUAAGCAACCAGGUAUUGGAGGUGAAGUAGUGCCUCACCAGGAUAACUCAUUUCUUUACACAGAACCAACCACCUGCACAGGGCUAUGGUUGGCACUUGAAGAUGCAAAAACAACAAAUGGCUGUCUUUGGGCUAUUCCUGGAUCACAUAAAAAUGGACUUGUUAGAAGGUUUCUUAGGGGUGAAAAUGGGGUGUACUUUGAUCAGCCUUCCCCUGCUUACGAACAGAAAGAUUUCGUGCCUAUUGAAGUGAAAGCUGGAUCUCUAGUUGUCAUUCAUGGAGACCUUAUUCAUCAAAGCUUUGAAAACCAGUCUCCAAAAUCAAGACAUGCCUAUAGCUUGCACGUGGUUGAUACAGAUGGUUGUGUUUGGGCUCAAGAUAACUGGAUUAGAAGAAAGGUUCAGCCAGAGCCUUUGUAUGAACCUUGAUAAAAUCCGAUGGUUUUGGCCUCUAAGGGCUGUUCGGUUGGUGAGGACUUGGGAUUUCUUGGUCAUACUGGUUGAGGUCUCAAGUUUGAACCUUCCAGUGAGAUUAAUAUUAAAAACCCUCGAUGUCUCUCGGAUUCAGGCCCUUGGGCAAGCGUGGGUUCCCUUGGGUAUAAGAGAGCAAAACUGCGACUCCAAGUUAUGAGGAAAAAAAAAUCCGAUGGUUUUGUUUGUUCACACAUCUUCAUCACAAAAACAGGUACUCCAUAGUUCAUAUCCAAAGACAAACAUGGUUUUCUUGAUGUAAAAAAUUGUGCUGAAGUUUCGUAAAAUCUGUGAUCUCGUGGAUUUAAGAAUUUCCUCAUUAAUGCUAAGGAUUAGGCUGUGUAUUAUAUCUUUUUCCCGUCUUUAAUGUGUUUGAUUUAGUUGUUUAAUUCAUGUAGUUUAUUUA